AUGGAGCCGCCACGAUACAGACGCUGCGAUAGAGCCGCCGCGAUAGAGCCGCCGCGAUACAGACGCCGCGAUAGAGCCGCCGCGACAGAGCCGCUGCGAUGGAGCCGCCGCGAUGCAGGGAGGCACCACGACAGUGACCCCCCCGUACAGAGACCAGCACAGGCACCCCGGUACAGAGACCCCCAGGACAGAGCAGACCCCGGUACAGAGACCCCCGGUACAGAGACCCCCGGGACAGAGACCCCCGGGACAGACCAAACCCCGGUACAGAGACCCCCGGUACAGAGACCCCGGUACAGAGACCCCCAGGACAGAGCAGACCCCAGUACAGAGACCCCGGUACAGAGACCCCCGGGACAGAGCAGACCCUGGUACAGAGACCCCGGUACAGAGACCCCCGGGACAGAGCAGACCCCGGUACAGAGACCCCCGGGACAGAGACCCCCAGGACAGAGACCCCCAGGACAGAGCAGACCCCGGUACAGAGACCCCUGGGACAGACCAGACCCCGGUACAGAGACCCCCAGGACAGGGACCCCCGGGACAGAGCAGACCCCGGUACAGAGACCCCCUGGGACAGACCAGACCCUGGUACAGAGACCCCGGUACAGAGACCCCUGGGACAGAGCAGACCCCGGUACAGAGACCCCCAGGACAGAGCAGACCCCGGUACAGAGCAGACCCCGGUACAGAGACCCCCGGUACAGAGACCCCUGGGACAGAGACCCCGGUACAGAGACCCCCGGGACAGAGCAGACCCCGGUACAGAGACUCCCGGGACAGGGACCCCUGGGACAGAGACCUCCAGUACAGAGACCCCUGGGACAGAGCAGACCCCGGUACAGAGACCCCUGGGACAGAGCAGACCCCGGUACAGAGACCCCCGGUACAGAGACCCCCGGGACAGAGCAGACCCCGGUACAGAGACCCCCGGGACAGAGCAGACCCUGGUACAGAGACCCCCAGGACAGGGACCCCCGGUACAGAGACCCCUGGGACAGAGACCCCCAGGACAGGGACCCCCGGGACAGACCAGACCCCGGUACAGAGACCCCUGGGACAGAGACCCCUGGGACAGAGCAGACCCCGGUCCAGCGGCAUCACUUCAAGAGUGCACGUUCCUGA